UGUCCUCCCUACAGGCUGCGGUGGCUUCAGAGGACAAAAUGGCUCCAGAGCUCUGCAUGCGCUGAGACACUUUCGAAAUACAAAGAUGCGGUGUGUUCACAUCAAAAGGCAUCUCCAUUUCAUGGACAGGUACAACUGAAAUGAGCCAGGCAGCACCAGUUGUGCUGGUGUUUUAUGUCCUGUGGACGCUGUCUGCAAGGACAGGCAGAGCCCAGCUGUCCCUGAUGCUGGCUACCCCAUAGCCCUGAGAGUGCAGCCACUUCCAGUUGCUUGUGGCCCCUUAUAGAGAUCAGCAGCUGCUGACUGGGAUAUCCUAGGAACCAUCAGGCAAACUGGAAAAAAGCCCCGCCAAAAACCAUCUUGCAAAGAGAAAAGAAAGAAAAAAAUACAAAAGGAAACCCCAAACAUCAAUACCAAGAACAUAAACCCCAGACCUCAGAGGCUGCCUGGCUGCAAGGCAGAGGAAGGCGCGUGCUUUGGCACUGCUGCCGGCAGGUGGACCCUGAAAGCCCUCAUAGGAGGUGAGCUUCCUGCGGGAGCCAGCAGAUGAGCAAAGCCUGUGGAGGUGCCUCUUCUCCUCACCCCGAGUCUGCGGCCUCUUGCUCCCCAGCACCGCCCGGGCGAGCAAGAUGAAGUGGAGGAGGAUCGUGAUCUUUGCCAUCCUGCAGGCACAGCUCCCUGUUACAGAUGCUGUACCAGUUCUUGGACUGACAGACCCAAGACUCUGCUACGUACUGGAUGGAUUCCUCUUCAUUUAUGCAGUCAUCAUGACAGCCCUUUUUGUGAAAGCAAAGCUUAGCCAGACCUCUGAACCACAGCUGCCACCGGGCCAGGAUGAUGUGUAUAAUAAACUGUCUCGUGGACACAGAGAUGAAUAUGAUGUUCUGGGGGCAAAGCGAGGUGCAGACCCUGAGCUGGGUGGGAGACACCAGCAGAGAAGAAAGAACCCUCAGGACACCAUCUACACUUCACUGCAGAAGGAGAAGAUGGGCGAGGCAUACAGUGAAAUCGGAAUGAAGGGAGAGCAGCAGAGGCGGCGAGGCAAAGGGAACGAAGGUGUCUACCAGGGACUCAGUACAGCGACCAAGGACACUUACGAUGCUCUCCAAAUGCAGCCUUUGCCCCCCCGCUAAGUGGGAGUCAUGGAGGGGAUGGGCAAGGGUGAGAGAUGCCCACCUGCUUUGGGGAGGAGAGGAGGGAGAGCCUUUUUCAUCCAAAACAAGCACUGUGUAUUUUCUCAGUGCAACAGCCUACUUUGGUUGGUGCACAGCGGGAAUACGCCUGGACUUGGUCAGUCCCUUCUCCCUUUCCUCUUGAAUCAUGUAACUGCAAGCUUUAGCUAUUAAAAUGUACAUAUCUGUAAAGUUGUUUCCAGUAAUAGUGGUUAUCAAUCAUCAGGCCCAUUUUUGUGAGAAGAUGGUGUGGGA